CUUUCGGUUUCUGUUUCCUAUGGAGAAUUUUUAAAAACCCCCUUGUCUGUUAGUUCAUAUUUUGUAUUCAGAUCGUCUGCUUUCUAGAGAAGGAAAAAAGGGGUGGCGAGAAAAAAAGUCUCCAGGACUGGGUGAGGAAAAAGUACAUGAGAAAUCACCAAAGCUAAAGCAAGGGACGAGAGUUCUAACUCUUAGCAAGUUCUCAUAGAAGCAGCUUUCUUACUAGCUCUAAAAGACCUCUUCUUCCGAUUUUACAAUCAAGGAAAAGUAACAUCCUAGACAUGGCUCCAGAGAUCCACAUGUCAGACCCUGUGUGCCUCAUUGAGAACUUUAAUGAGCAUCUGAAGGUUAAUCAGGAAGCUUUGGAGAUCCUGUCUGCCAUUACGCAGCCUGUGGUGGUCGUGGCGAUCGUGGGCCUCUAUCGCACUGGCAAAUCCUACCUGUUGAACAAGCUGUCUGGGAAGAACAAGGGCUUCUCUGUUGCAUCUACGGUGCAGUCUCAUACCAAGGGAAUCUGGAUAUGGUGUAUGCCUCAUCCCAACAGGCCAAAUCACACAUUAGUUCUGCUUGACACUGAGGGCCUGGGAGAUGUAGAAAAGGCUGACAACAAGAAUGAUAUCCAAAUAUUUGCACUGGCACUCUUACUGAGCAGCACUUUUGUGUACAAUACCAUGAACAAAAUCGAUCAAGGAGCUAUAGACCUACUGCACAAUGUGACAGAACUGACAGAUCUGCUCAAGGCAAGAACCUCACCUGACCUUGACAGGGUUGAAGAUGCUGCUGACUCUGAGAGCUUCUUUCCAGAUUUAGUGUGGACUCUGAGAGAUUUCUGCUUAGACCUGGAAAUAGAUGGGCAACUCAUCACAGCAGAUGCAUAUCUGGAGAAUUCACUGAGGCCAAAGCAAGGUAGUGAUCAAAGAGUUCAAAACUUCAAUUUGCCCCGUCUGUGUAUACAGAAGUUCUUUCCAAAAAAGAAAUGCUUUAUCUUUGACUUACCUGCUCACCAAAAGAAGCUUGCCCAACUUGAAACACUGCCUGAUGAUGAGCUAGAGCAUGAAUUUGUGCAACAAGUGGCAGAAUUCUGUUCCUACAUCUUCAGCCAUUCUAUGACCAAGACUCUUCCAGGUGGCAUCAAAGUCAAUGGAUCUCGUCUAAAGAACUUGGUGCUGACCUAUGUCAAUGGCAUCAGCAGUGGGGAUCUGCCUUGCAUAGAGAACACAGUCCUGGCCUUGGCCCAAAUAGAGAACUCAGCCGCAGUGCAAAAGGCUGUUGCUCACUAUGACCAGCAGAUGGGCCAGAAGGUGCAGCUGCCCACGGAAACUCUCCAGGAGCUGCUGGACCUGCACAGGGACAGUGAGAGGGAGGCCAUUGAAGUCUUCAUGAAGAACUCUUUCAAGGAUGUGGACCAAAGUUUCCAGAAAGAAUUGGAGACUCUACUAGAUGCAAAGCGGAAUGACAUUUGUAAACAGAACUUGGAAGCAUCCUCGGAUCGCUGCUCUGCUUUACUUACGGAUAUUUUUGGUCCUCUAGAAGAAGCAGUGAAGCAGGGAAUUUAUUCUAAACCAGGGGGCCAUAAUCUCUUCAUUCAGAAAAUGGAAGAGCUGAAGACAAAGUACUAUCAGGAGCCUAGGAAAGGAAUACAGGCUGAAGAAGUUCUACAGAAAUAUUUAAAGUCCAAGAAGUCUGUGAGUGAUGCAAUAUUACAAGCCGACCAGGCUCUCACGGAGAAGGAAAAAAAGAUGAAAGAGGAACAAGUGAAAGCAGAGGCUGCAAAGGCUAACGCAAGAAGGUUGGAGGAGAUUCAAAAGUGGAACCAGCAUAUGAUGCAGCAGCGGGAGAGAGUCCAUCAGGAACAAGUGAGACAAAUGGAGAGAGAAAAACAAAAUUGGCUGGCAGAGCUACAGAGGACGCAGGAACAACGGAUGCAGGAACAAGCUGCACAGCUUACAGCAACAUUCGAAGCUGAAAACAGAAGACUUCACCAUGAGCUCCAGCAUGUCCAGAGGAAUGUUAAUUGUGACGAUCCAUGUGUCUUACUCUAAAGUGCUAAAUGUGGGAGCUUCCUUUUUUGACUCUGUCCCUGAUGACACAACGGAAUAAGAAACUACAGAACUCGGGACAAUCAACAUUUAAAUAAACUUUAUAAUUAUUUUUUCAAACUUUCA